UGAAGAGCGGCUCUCCAGAGACAUGAGGGGAGCUCUUUUCCUUAAAUAUUAACAUCAAGCGCGGACACAAAGGCGGGAAAGUAAUCAUUUGGAUUAAAUCUCUCCAUGUGGAUUCCCACCGGUUCACAAAUGAGCUACAGCAAAUAAUGUCAAAGGAAUUCAGCCCCCUGAUGAAAGAGGAGUGACCUGUUGAUCCUCCUCUUCUCCCACUUCACUUAGAGAGGCUGCUGAGGCUGAAGAGCAUCCCUUCAGCCCGCCUCAUCUCGCCACCAUUUCCUCAAUAAAAGCAGCACCGCCCUCCCAGACUGAGGUGAUGGGAAGUGUGCGAGCCAGUCGCUACAGCAUUGUGUCAUCAGAGGAGGACGGCAUGAAGCUUGCCACUAUGGCAGUUCCCAAUGGCUACAGCAAUGGAAAAGCCAAGGUGCACACAAAGCACCAGCCGCAGAGCAGAUUUGUGAAGAAAGAUGGUCACUGCAACGUUCAGUUCAUCAACAUGAGCGAGAAGAGCCAGCGGUACCUGGCUGACAUCUUCACCACGUGUGUGGACAUCCGCUGGAGGUGGAUGUUCAUCAUCUUCUGCCUCGCCUUUCUCCUGUCUUGGCUGUUCUUUGGUUGUGUCUUCUGGCUGCUGGCCAUUUUUAAUGGCGACUUGGAAGACACGGACGCGCCAAAGUGUGUUACCAAUGUGAGCAGCUUCGUCGCCGCUUUCCUGUUCUCCAUCGAAACUCAAACUACAAUCGGUUACGGCUACAGAUAUGUGACGGAUGAGUGCCCUGUGGCUGUUUUCGUGGUGGUUUUCCAAAGCAUAGUGGGCUGCAUCAUUGACGCCUUUAUCAUUGGUGCAGUGAUGGCAAAAAUGGCCAAACCCAAAAAGAGAAAUGAAACUCUGGUGUUCAGCCACAACGCCACAGUGGCCAUGAGGGACAACAAGCUCUGCCUGAUGUGGCGUGUGGGCAACCUGCGGAAAAGCCACCUGGUGGAGGCACAUGUGCGCGCCCAACUUCUCAAAUCCAGAACGACAGAAGAGGGGGAGUACAUCCCCCUCGACCAGAUGGACAUUGAUGUGGGCUUUGACAGUGGAAUCGACCGAAUCUUCCUGGUCUCCCCAAUCACCAUCGUUCACGAGAUUGACGAGGACAGCCCAUUCUACAACAUGAGCAAACAGGACCUGGAGGGUUCGGAAUUUGAAAUUGUGGUCAUCCUGGAGGGCAUGGUCGAAGCGACAGCGAUGACCACACAGUGCCGCAGCUCCUAUGUGGCCAACGAGAUCCUGUGGGGCCACCGCUUUGAGCCUGUGCUGUUUGAGGAAAAGAACUACUACAAGGUGGACUACUCCCGCUUUCACAAGACCUAUGAGGUACCCAGCACGCCUCUGUGCAGUGCCAGAGACCUCGCAGAGAAAAAAUACAUCCUGUCCAGCACUAACUCAUUCUGCUACGAAAACGAGAUGGCACUGGAAAACAAAGAGGACAUGGAUGAGGGCAACGGGAGUAGUGUUGGUCCUGACGGCACCCAGACGGACAACAUUUCAGACACUGAACACAGCCAAGCCAUGGUGCCGCUAGAGCCGCGGUCUUUGAGGCGGGAGUCAGAGAUAUGACAGCUCAGUUUGCACACGCAGACUUUCUUUAGAUUCACCCUCCGCUCCGAAAGGCACAACGAGCUGAGCCGGCUGUUGGAAACGAAUCGAACGGUACUGCUGUGAGAAGCGGCAAAAAGUCGGAGUCUGCCUCAACAAACGCUAUGACAAAACACAGCACUAUGACGCACGUGAUUCUUGCAGAAUGAAUUCUCCACCGUUUCCUCAUGAAUGUGCGCUGCUCAGUGUCUGCAGAGAGGAGGGAGGCGGAUGGGAUGACUUGGAAACUAAAGAACUUUCUGUCCAGCAAGAACAAGAUGCUUUCAGAUUUGUUCCUGUUUUCUAGUGCUGGAACGUAGUAGAACUUGCACUUGAAGAGAAAAGUUCAUAUUUGAUGCAUUAACAUAGAUACUACGGAUGUCUGGAACAAUGAUUAUUUGUUCAUGAGCUGGUCUCAUAGUGAACAGACGUCACUGAGUGCAAUUUCUGUAACGCAAUAAGUCGAAGAACGUACAGAGACCUUCCUUUGGGGACGACGGCGCUGGUUCUCUGAGCUUUCCCUUUGACAGGAAGCCCUUUAGACGACUGCUCAGAAGUGGCCGCGCUGCAGAGCGGGACAUGCUUGUUCAUGUUAAGCGAUCAGAGUAGAGAGGAAUCAAUGGCACCAAACUGACAGAGAUUAAUUUAAUGCAGACCAGGGUUUAUACGAGAAUCUGAAUGUUCUUAAACGUGCUGCUAUGGUGUUGCUUCUGACUCUUUUCUGAUAUAAAAAAAAUACCAAAGAGUGUUUCUAUCCAAGUUGUGUGUUCUAUUAAAAAAAAACAGCACCUAACUAGGUUUGGUACAUUUUGAUUUUGAAGUGGGUGUGUACAGUUGCGUUUUUAUUCUUUAUCUUGAGCCACAUCAUCAAGCCUCAACAGGUCAGCGCUAAAAUGUAUCGACAGAAACAUAGAAACCAAUAUUCUUUUCAAUAAGGACAAUAAUUCCUUUAGGCAUCAACUUGAUAGAGUUUAAAAAUUGAAUGUCCAGAGAAAUCUGGCACACUGAAGGUGUUCCUUUUCUACCAGAACCAGACCUUUUUCACUCUGUCAGUCUGUGAUCUGUGUCGGUAAAGUUUGAAGCCAAAUGUACUGUAAGCCCUACACAUGACGCUGUGCUGCACAAGACUCAACACAAAUGUAUAUCCUGCAUUGUAUUUUUUUUCUUUUUGUUUUUAAACGGACGUGGAAAGCCGCUUGGAUCCAUGGAAUGAACUCGUGUAAAUGCCUUCCUACCUUUUGCAGUUACUUUAUCAGUCUUCCAAAUGCCCAGCAAAACUACAGAAUGUACAGGUUUUUGUAUUAAUUUUAUUAUUAUUAUUGUACAUGAUGUUAUAUGAAUCUUUUUCAAUAAAAUACUGGUGGGAAAACAUAA